UCCCGAGCUCCGAGAGCCCGAGCACCCCGCGCGCCCCUCUGGCCGCCGCCUUGUCGCGACGCGCGAUCCCAUCCCUUGCCUUCCAAUCCUGUCGCGGCCAUUAAAAGCCUCCCGCGCCCCCUCCUCCUCCGCUCGUCUGGAACCGUCCUCGCACCUCUCCGCCUCCGCUACGCAAUCCCAACCCGGCCACGAUUUCCAGUUGUGAGCAGGCGUGCGGGCUAGGAGUGCGAGCAACUCGCGAGAGAGGCGGGCGGCGGGCGAAGAUGGCGCCGGAGAAGGAGAAGCCACGGAAGGAGCAGGAGGAGGAGGAGGAUGAGCUGGUGCUGGAGGACGGCGGCAUCGAGGAGAGCCCGCGCCGCAGCUUUGAGGACGGCGACGACUACGAGGAGGGCGGCGACGGCGGGGAGGACGACGACGAGGAGGAGGAGGAGCGGGACGGCGACGGGGUCGGUUCGCCGCGCUCCUUCCAGUCCCGCCAGUGGCCGCAGAGCUACAGGGAAACAACUGACACCUACACAAUUGCUGCAUCCCCGAGCUUCGGUUACUUGGGGCCAUCUACAAGCAAAUACUCUCUCCUUGAUCUUGGUCGUAGUGGUCUGGGCUCUGAUCUGAAGCUGCCUUUAGUAUCCGACAAGGCUGAUGGAAAGCAAGAUUCUGUCAAGAACUUGCCGACGAAAACACUUGGUUCAAUAAGAGAUGAGAGGGUCUCAUUUCAUUUGCAACACACUGGAGAACUCUACAUUAGUCAAGGGUGCAAUGUGACACAAACAGUCUUCAAUGGGAUUAAUGUACUUGCUGGUGUUGGCCUUCUUUCCACUCCAUUUACAAUUCAUGAAGCUGGAUGGACAGGCCUCGCAGUUCUAGUAUGUUUUGCAACUGUUUGCUGUUAUACUGGAAUUCUUCUGAAACAUUGUUUUGAGAGCAAAGAUGGUAUUUCAAGUUAUCCAGACAUCGGAGAGGCUGCAUUUGGAAGAAUUGGCCGCUUGUUCAUAUCUAUUAUUUUGUAUACUGAGCUAUAUUCAUAUUGUGUGGAAUUCAUUAUUCUGGAGGGUGAUAACCUCACAUCAAUUUUUCCUAAAGCUAGUUUUGAUUGGCUUGGGAUUCAUGUUGAUGGGAAGCAUUUUUUCGGAGUGUUAACUGCUAUUUUGGUCUUGCCAACAGUAUGGCUAAAAGAUCUUCGAGUGCUCUCGUACCUUUCAGCGGGUGGUGUGAUUGCAACUCUUCUGGUAUUCGUGUCUGUUGGUUUAGUUGGUGCUACUGAUGGUAUAGGAUUCCAUUCAACUGGAAAGGUAGUAAACUGGACUGGCAUGCCCUUUGCCAUUGGUGUUUAUGGAUUUUGCUACUCUGGGCAUUCAGUAUUUCCAAAUAUCUACCAAUCGAUGUCUGAUCGCUCUAAGUUCCCUAAGGCACUGUUUAUAUGUUUUGCAAUUUGCACAGCAAUAUAUGGCUCUUUCGCUGUCAUUGGCUUUCUCAUGUUUGGGGAGAAUACUUUGUCACAAAUCACUUUAAAUCUUCCAAAGCAUUCGGUUGCCUCAAAAGUUGCACUAUGGACCACGGUGAUCAACCCUUUCACCAAAUAUGCCUUGUUGUUAAACCCAAUAGCUCGAGGUUUAGAAGAGUUGCGUCCUGAAGGUUUUAUGAAUGAAACAUCUUGCGCUAUUAUACUGAGGACUGCCCUUGUUGCAUCAACUGUAUGCAUUGCCUUUGUUCUGCCGUUUUUUGGUCUUGUGAUGGCGCUCAUUGGAUCGCUACUCAGUAUACUUGUGGCAGUUAUAAUGCCAGCCAUAUGCUUCCUGAAGAUUGUACAGAAUAAAGCGACUCGUUCACAGGUAAUCGCAAGCAUUGGCAUCAUAAUAUUGGGCAUCAUCAGUGCUGCCCUCGGGACGUACUCCUCCGUAAAAAGGAUUGCAGAAAACUACUAAGCUCUAAUACUUCUAGCACAGUCUUCAGCAGCGGCAACCCAAUACCAACACGUGCAGAUUAUUGCCCGACUCUGCUUAUGGGACUCGAAAUGGUUAGAUACGUUGCUCACGAUCAAAAUUUUUGCUAGAAUUUCUGAGCUUUCUGUAGAUUAUUAUCCGGAUCACAAUACAUAUAUAUUCUACUAAAGACUGCAUCGCCGCUUGCAAUAAUGUAAUCAUGUGCCUUUUAGCUGCUG